GAGGCUGAGGCAGGAGAAUCUGGGAGGCAGAGGUUGCAGCAAGCCGAGAUCUGGCCACUGCACUUCAGCCUGGGUGACAGAACGAGACUACGCCUCAAAAAAAAAGAAAAGAAGAGGCUUUACAAGAACCCCUUCUUUUAUCCCUGGAAGAGGCUGUGUGUGAAACCAAUGCCCACAGUUUGAAGGGCAUUAGCAUUCAUCUCAGGGGAGUGUGGGUUGGCUGGCUUUCAGGUAGCACUUUGACCUCACACACCCAUCUACUAUGUCCAACUGGUCUGUCUGCUUCCCUCAGCCUUAACCAAUAAAGGAUAAGGACUUAAAAAAAAAGAGUGGGAGUGAGGGGAACAAAGGGCAUCUUUUUUUUUUUUUUUUGAGACAGAGUCUUGCUCUGUCUACCAGGCUGGAGUGCAGUGGUGCCAUCUUUGCUCACUGCAACCUCCAUCUCUGGGGUUCAGGCAGUUCUACUGCCUCAGCCUCCCUAGUAGCUGGGAUUACAGGUGCGCUCCACUAUGCCUAGCUAGUUUUUGUAUUUUUACUUGAGACAGGGUUUUGCCAUGUUGGCCAGGCUGGUCUCGAACUCCUGACCUCAGGUGAUCCUCCUGCCUUGGCCUCCCAAAGUGCUAGGAUUACAGGCGUGAGCCACCGCUCCCAGCUUUUUUUUUUUUUUUUUUUUUUUUGGGAAAUGGGGUCUUCUCUGUUCCCAGGCUGGAGUGUAGUGGCGUGAUCACAGCUCACUGCGGCCUUGAUCUCCCAGGCUCAAUCGAUCCUCCCACCUCAGCCUCUGGAGUAGCUGGGACCACAAGGGCGGGCCAUCAAGGCUGGCUACUUUUUUUUUUUUUUAAUUAUUAUUUGUAGAGAUGAAGUCUCGCUAUGUUGCCCAAGUUGGUCUCCAACUCCUGGGCUCGAAGGAUUCUCCUGCCUUGCCCUCCCAAAGUGCCGGGAUUACUUCUCCGUUGCUUAGUCAAGAACACUAUGAAGAACUUUUGAGUAGUAACUUCAACUUACCCUUUGGGUUUGUAUGUAUGCUGUUACUUUUUUUUUUCUUCUGUUGCACAAAGGUAUUAUUCACCUUGGGCAGUUUCAGCUCCACCCAGGCGCAAGCAGCUCUUAAUCACCCUUAAGUUCAGCAGCCACUCUAAGCUAGCCUGAGGAGAUAAAGUCCACACUUGACAUACAGUUCUUUACAUUCCUCCAAUGUCACACAGGCACAUUCACUUUCAAAAUGCAGAAUAGUUUGGUCUGCAUUUUUCUGCCAGUCUUAUCUGCAUUUAGAACCUGUGGUGGUGGUUUCUUUUUUGCCAAGAUAACCCCAGGGACAAGCUUUUUUUUUUUGACCCUGGCACACCCCAGGACUUUUAUAAUCUUUUUGCCCAACAACCCAUUGUUGAAUUUUACUUCGACCUGCCUGUACUUUACUUCUUGAAACAACUAAUUUCAUUCUGCAGUUUAAAAAGCAAAUCCAGUAAGAAACUCAGAAUCACAAUUGUAUGCUCUUUCAUAGUUAUCCUAGCGUUAAAAAAGAUGCAAAUUUAGAUGAGAACCGUGUGUACCAGGGGGCUGUGAUAUCAUUUUAAAAGUAAACGAUCACACAGUGAACAAUGCCGUGCUCCCAUUAAUAUUCAAUACCUACUGUACAACAUUUCAAAUUAGAGUUUAGUUUCUUCUUUACCAGGAUCCUAGCGCCAUAGGCUGUAAGUAUUCAAAUGCUUCUCGACUGUGAUUGAGUUGGCUAUGACAGUCCGUCAAUGGGUCUGCAGGAUCCCAUUUAGUUUUAGCAACUGUGGCUGGUGUCCAGGAAUGCAUUCAUGCGAUCUGAAAGUAAGCCACUGGCUUAGGACAGCGGGGGGAACCAAUUUGAUCUUAGGAGGGUCCCCGCAGAGUGUUUGAGUCGCGAGGCGGGCCGGGGCAGGCCGCAUGCUCCCAGGCGCUUCCUUUACCAAGAUGGCUUCGGCGCCCCGGCCCACAGGGGCGGCCAUCUUGGUAAGCGCUGGAGAGGCAGCCUGAAGGAGGCCGCUGCUGGCCCUGCUGUCAGAUUCGAAGGUCAUAAUAAGGGAGUGACCCGGCGACGACUCGCCCCAACGAUGGCGAGGCGGCGAGCGCUGAAGCGCUGCCUGCAGCUGCUGGCGUCCUCGGCGGAACCAGCGCGGCGGGCUCGGGUUAGGAAGAACCCGAGCGCCUGCCGCGGUCGCCCCUCCCGCUACGCGGCGGCGCUUUGCGCGGGGACUCUGUGGCCGGAAGCCGCGGAACUGAGGCGGCGCGCGCUCCCGGCCGCCCCAAGCGCGAGUUCUUCACCAAAGGACAUGGAUGAAAAUGAAAGCAACCAGUCUCUGAUGACAAGCAGCCAAUAUCCUAAAGAAGCAGUAAGAAAACGUCAAAAUUCAGCACGGAAUUCCGGAGGAAGUGAUUCUUCUAGGUUUUCUAGGAAAAGCUUCAAACUGGAUUAUAGACUAGAAGAAGAUGUAACUAAAUCCAAGAAAGGAAAAGAUGGGAGAUUUGUGAAUCCGUGGCCAACAUGGAAAAACCUCUCUAUUCCAAAUGUUCUCAGAUGGCUGAUAAUGGAGAAAGAUCACAGCAGUGUUCCAAGUUCUAAAGAGGAACUAGACAAAGAACUCCCAGUGCUUAAGCCAUAUUUUAUCACUAACCCUGAAGAAGCUGGAGUGAGGGAAGCUGGCUUAAGAGUCACAUGGCUGGGACAUGCCACGGUAAUGGUGGAAAUGGAUGAGCUCAUAUUUCUCACGGAUCCCAUCUUUAGCUCUCGUGCUUCACCAUCGCAGUACAUGGGUCCAAAGCGAUUUCGUCGUUCCCCGUGCACAAUAAGUGAACUCCCUCCAAUAGAUGCGGUCCUUAUCAGUCACAACCACUAUGACCAUCUGGACUACAAUUCUGUCAUUGCUUUGAAUGAGCGAUUUGGUAAUGAGUUGAGAUGGUUUGUGCCUUUGGGUCUCCUUGACUGGAUGCAAAAAUGUGGCUGUGAGAAUGUGAUUGAGUUGGACUGGUGGGAGGAGAAUUGUGUCCCCGGACAUGAUAAGGUCACCUUUGUCUUUACACCUUCCCAGCACUGGUGUAAAAGGACUCUAAUGGAUGACAACAAGGUGCUAUGGGGCAGCUGGUCUGUCUUGGGGCCUUGGAAUCGAUUUUUUUUCGCAGGAGAUACUGGUUAUUGCCCUGCUUUUGAAGAGAUAGGAAAAAGAUUUGGACCUUUUGACCUUGCAGCUAUUCCCAUCGGAGCUUAUGAACCGAGGUGGUUUAUGAAAUACCAGCAUGUAGACCCAGAAGAAGCUGUAAGGAUUCACAUUGAUGUCCAAACAAAGAAAUCUGUGGCAAUUCACUGGGGAACUUUUGCCUUAGCAAAUGAGCAUUACUUAGAGCCUCCAGUGAAGCUGAAUGAAGCUCUAGAGAGAUACGGACUUAAUGCUGAAGAUUUUUUUGUCUUGAAGCAUGGAGAAUCAAGAUACCUAAAUAAUGAUGAUGAAAACUUUUAAUAAAUAAUUUCCUGAGGUGAAAAACUGAUAUUGAAGAUUCAUUUUUCUUUUUUCCAUUCUUCAGGACCUUCGGCAAGGUGAGUCAAGGCUCUCUACCUACCUAGAUGUUUUUCAGAGGCCUACAAAUACAAGUAUCUUUCUUAUAUGCACAUUAUAAUAAAUGAUGAAAUUCAGUCCAACAUGCUUAUUAUAAAUGUAGCAAUUCUUGCUCUAUCAAAUUAGCUUAUAUGCCAAAUAUUAAAUAUGGUUUAUUUAGGUAAGCAUAAAAACAUAGGGGCUAUCAUUUUUAAAGACUUGAUUUUCUCUAUUGUGGUAAAAUAUAUAAAUACAUAUUUACCAUUUUAAACAUUUACCAUUUUAACCAUUUUUAAGUGUACAGUUCUUUCGCAUUAAUGCACCCAUGACCACCAUUCACUUAAAUUUUUAAAAGAACAGUAUAUUCUUUUUUUCCUAGAGCCUUCAGAUGAGAGGGAACAGUAUAUUCUAUUGCAUGUCUACAAUUCCCAAAAGACCUCUUACUUUGGGAGGCCAAGGUGGGUGGAUCACUUGAACCCAGGAGUUUGACAUCAACCUGGGCAACAUGGUGACCUCCCAUCUCUCUCGGAAAAAAAAAAAGAAAAAAGAAAAAGCCGGGUGAGGUGGUGUGUACCUGUAGUCACAGGUACUUGGGAGGCUGAGGUGGGAGGAUCACUUGAGCCCAGGAGAUAGAGGCUGCAGUGAGCUGUGAUCGUACCACUGCACUCCAGCCUGGGCGACAAAAUGAGACCCUGUCUCAAAAGAAAGCCCUCUCCUUAGCUGCGCAGAGGAAGGGAAGGAGUGUGGCUAUGAGAAUAUGAUUUAUGCCAUUUUCUGUUUUAAAAUCUAGAAGAUCUUGUAAGCACAAAUACAGCUACAAUGAAAUAUUUUACAGACAAAAUGUUAAUAGACCAUAUUCUUUGAAUUAAAUUUGCUUUAAUUUUCUCUACACAUUUUUUUUUUCCUGGAGUCUCUUAGCUCUAAAUAUAUCAAUCAGAUUUAUAAUUUUUUUUUACCUGAUUCAGAUGUCUUACAUUUUUAUAUUAAAUGAACCUUAAGCAUGAUUCUUUUGGUAAGCCAGUAUGAAUGCCAGUGGUU